AUGGUCAAGGAGCGAGAUCUGCUGCGUGAAGAACUGGCCGAGUUGCGCAAGUCGCUCGAAUCUAUUCAAGAGAAGCACAAUCAGGAGGCCGAGAGCGACAAGUCACAAGCUCAAGACGACAAGACUGCCAAACAGAAUGCCGAGAUUGAGGACUUGCGCAAGUCGCUGAAAUCUAUCGAGCAUCAACACAAGCAAGAACUCGAUCGACUCAGCAAACAAGCCGAAGACGCCCAAGCCACCAAGGACAAUGCAGAGUUGUCCGAAUUGCGCUCCUCGAUCGAGUCCAUGCAAAAGAGCCACCAGAAGGAAGUGCAGGACCUCAAGGAUCAGGCACAGCAGGCACUCUCUGCUAGAGACAGCGCAGAAGUUGCUGAGCUGCGCCAGUCGCUCACAUCUAUGCAAGAGAAGCACACCAAAGAUAUUCAAGACCUCAGGAAGCAAGCAGACGAUGCCCAGACAACAAAGGACAACUUCGAAAUCGCCGAAUUGCGCCAAUCCCUCGAGUCCAGGACGUCAGCACACCAGAAAGAGGUCGAGCUUCUCACCAAUAGAGCUCAGGAAGCACAAUCAACAAAGGAGAGUGCCCAAGUCGCAGACCUAAACAAGACCCUAUCAUCUCUCCGGGAGCAACACCAGAAGGAACUCGAAGACUUGAAGAAACAAGCACAAGAAGCACAAGCCGGAAACCAGACCUCGAAUGGUGAACAGAUGGAUCAGCUCAGGACACAGCUGGAGGAAACUCAGAAGGGCAAAGAGAAUGCCGAGAGCGCAUACCGCACACUUCUUGGCAAGGUCAACACCAUCAAGUCGCAACUGGGAGAACGUCUAAAAGCUGAUGCCGAAGAACUUUCGAAAGCUCGCGCUGAGAUUGAAGACCUACAAGAAGAGAGUAGAUCCGCGCGCGAAAGCAAAGAGGAGCUUCAAGCCACCAUUGAUCAACUCGAGACACAACGCAAGGAAUACGAAAGUGAGAUCGAAUCACUCCGAAGCCGCACCAAUGUCAGCCAAUCGAAUUGGGUCAAGGAACGUGACGAAUUGAUCAGCAGAGAAGCAUAUGCCCGAGAGGAGUUUGAGAAUGCCCGACAAGCCAUGCAAGACUGGGAAGUCCUGGCCAUGGAAGAGCGAUCGCUGCGUGAAUCCCUUAGCGAGCGUGUCACCGAGAUCGAAGACCAACUCAACGCUCAACGGGAAGCCUAUGAACGGGCGGCAAGCGAGAGAGAUACACAAAACUCGACCGUCGACUCGCUUCAACGGGCACUGCAGGACAUUCAAGAUGCACGCAAGAAGGAGCUGCGCGAGAUGGUCGAGAGCUCACAAGCCCAACUCGAUGCUCUGCGUGCCCAGACUGAUGAAGCAAAGACCUCGGCCGCGUCAUCGACAGAAGAGCUUGAAAGAACAAGAAAAGAGCUUGAGCGUGCCCUUCCAUUCGAGAAAGAGGUCAAGGAGAAGAAUCUGCUGAUUGGGAAACUACGACACGAAGCCGUCAUCCUCAACGACCACCUUACCAAAGCUUUGCGAUUCCUGAAACGUGGUAGACCGGAGGAUAAUGUGGACCGUCAUAUCGUGACCAACCAUUUCCUGCACUUUUUGAUUCUGGAUCGCAGUGAUCCGAAAAAGUUCCAAGUAUUGCAAUUGAUUGCGGCACUGCUUGGUUGGACUGAAGGUAUGUUCUUUACGUUCGAGCCUUGUUCACCUCUAGAAAACAUACUGACACAACUCACAGAACAAAGAGAACAAGCAGGACUGGCACGACCAGGCGCCUCCAACUCCAUGCUCAAAAUUCCACUAUCACCUUUCCGCCGCACACCCUCCACACCAUCAUUAUCAGACUCUACUUUUGACAACCAUCAAGGAGGCAGUAAAGAAUCACUUGCCGAGCUUUGGUCCGACUUCUUGGAACGAGAAGCGCAAGAGGGAGGUCUGCACAGUAGCCGCAGCGGCAGUUUCGCCAUGAUGUCUCCGACCCAAGAGAGGCCUGCUUCUUCCGCAGGGCUGGGCCUUGCAAGUCCCAAACCCAACUAA